AUGCAGCCAAAGCGAUCGAAGGCGCCAUUCCAGCUCGCAGACCUGGAUGUUCCGUGUCUCAUGUUUGUCAAGACCAACAAAGCCGUAAAUCCGGUAGAAAUUGUACAUCAACUAUGCAUUGAUGCCCGGACGCAUCCCGAACAGAAGAGGAGCCGUUGGGUCAAACGGUUGACUCCAGUUACGUCCAUGAGGAAGAUCCUUGGGGGCGGGCUGGAGGAGUUGGCUCGUGAUGUGCUGAAGCCGCAUUUCCAUUCUGGCGGUCCUCCCAAAAAGUAUGCCAUUCGACCGACUAUUCGAAACAACACAGACUGCCAUAGAGACUCAGUCAUCAAGCUUGUCGCCGGUAUCGUAGGAAGUGAGCAUUCAGUGGAUCUGAAGAACUACGAUCUGUUAAUACUCGUCGACGUUCUCCAGACCAUGUGUGGCAUGAGCGUGGUUGAGGGAGACUAUGACGAAUUAAAACGUUACAACCUCUCUGAGAUAUAUUCUCCAACGCCACGCCCGGAAGUCAAGCCGGAAACGAGGCCAGAAGGGGAACCUGAGAGAGACCGAAAGGAAGCUUGA